UUCGGCCCCGCCUGCGCCGGGGUCGCUGCAGUCCCCGCCCGUGGCUGACCCGGGCUCGCUCCCAGGCGCCCCGGCCCCAUUCCAGGCUGGGGAGUGCCUCCGGGGGAGCGCGGGGCAACGAGGAAGGCCGAGGCGGGGGCCCUGGGCGCCCCAGCUCGCCCAGCCUGGGAGGCGGCCCCACUCCCGGAGCCGGCACGCAGGGACGGGCAAGGACGGGGCGGCGGGCGCCGCUCAUCAGCCACGCCAGUCACGUCUGGGGCCACCCGGCUGCCUUUCUUCCUCCCCCCCCCCUGUUGGCGAGGGCAAAGUGGCCGUGGCGGCGCCAUGCCCGGGCGGGAGUGAGUACGCGCGGGCGAAAAUGGCGUACAUCCAGUUGGAACCUUUAAACGAGGGUUUUCUUUCUAGAAUCUCCGAUCUGCUGCUGUGCAGAUGGACUUGCAGGCACUGCUGUCAGAAGUGCUAUGAGUCCAGCUGUUGCCAGUCAAGUGAGGAUGAAGUUGAAAUUCUGGGACCUUUCCCUGCCCAGACUCCUCCCUGGCUGAUGGCCAGCCGGAGCAGUGACAAGGACAGGGACUCUGUCCACACAGCCAGUGACGUCCCGCUGACCCCACGGACCGACUCCCCAGAUCGGAGGUGCUCAUCCUCAGACACAUCUAAGUCUACGUACAGCCUGACCCGGAGGAUUUCAAGUCUUGAGUCCAGACGACCCAGCUCCCCACUCAUCGAUAUUAAACCCAUCGAGUUUGGCAUUCUCAGUGCCAAAAAGGAGCCUAUCCAGCCCUCGGUGCUCAGACGGACCUAUACCCCGGACGACUAUUUCAGAAAGUUCGAGCCCCGGCUGUACUCCCUUGACUCCAACAGCGACGAUGUAGACUUUCUGACAGACGAGGAGAUCUUGUCCAAGUACCAGCUGGGCAUGCUGCAUUUCAGCACCCAGUACGACCUGCUGCACAAUCACCUGACGGUGAGGGUGAUCGAGGCUAGGGACCUGCCACCCCCCAUCUCCCACGACGGCUCACGCCAGGACAUGGCGCACUCAAAUCCCUAUGUCAAGAUCUGCCUCCUGCCGGACCAGAAAAACUCUAAGCAGACGGGGGUCAAACGCAAGACCCAGAGGCCCGUGUUUGAGGAGCGCUACACCUUCGAGAUCCCCUUCCUAGAAGCGCAGAGGAGGACCCUGCUCCUCACCGUGGUGGAUUUUGAUAAGUUCUCCCGGCACUGUGUCAUUGGGAAGGUUUCCGUGCCUUUGUGCGAGGUUGACCUGGUGAAAGGCGGGCACUGGUGGAAGGCACUGAUUCCCAGUUCUCAGAAUGAAGUAGAACUGGGGGAGCUGCUUCUGUCACUGAAUUAUCUCCCAAGUGCUGGGAGACUGAAUGUCGAUGUCAUUCGAGCCAAGCAACUUCUUCAGACGGAUGUGAGCCAAGGUUCAGACCCCUUUGUGAAAAUCCAGCUGGUACAUGGACUAAAACUUGUGAAAACAAAGAAGACGUCCUUCUUAAGAGGCACAAUUGAUCCUUUCUAUAAUGAAUCCUUCAGCUUCAAAGUUCCCCAAGAAGAACUGGAAAACGCCAGCCUAGUGUUUACAGUGUUUGGCCACAACAUGAAGAGCAGCAAUGACUUCAUUGGAAGGAUCGUCAUCGGCCAGUACUCCUCGGGGCCCUCCGAAUCCAACCACUGGCGGCGGGUGCUCGACGCUCACCGCACGGCCGUGGAGCAGUGGCACAGCCUGAGGUCGCGGGCUGAAUGUGACCGCGUGUCUCCUGCCUCGCUGGAGGUCACCUGAGGGUCGCAGGGAAGGCGGCUUUCAUUUGUUUGAGGAAAAAGAAAAAGGAAGAAAAUUAAAGACAGAAAAAAUGUGUCAUGUACCUAUUAUGUCUAUACCUGCAUACACAAUCCCCUGUCCCCCUACCCCAAAAUCCUCUCAAAAUGGAGAGCAAGCUGUGUAUUGAUCACAAAAUGACUGCCCUCAGUGAGCAAGGCCUGAGGACUUUCCCAAAGCCCCAUCCAUACGUCCUGCGCUGAGUGGGCUCCGCUGUGAGACGUAGAGGCAGUGCUUGGUCUCAUUUACACCCCUGCCCCAAAAUGCACCUUUCAACCCUCAGGCCAGAGAAAGGGCCUUCUGGGGUUGCCAACCUCCACUGAGAUGAAAUUUUCCAAGAGUCUGGGGAAGACUCUUGUGUGUGGAGGCCCAAUGCUCAGCUCAAAACACUUACCCACAGGGUGACUUCUGAAUGGGCCACUGUUCCCUGAGGUUCUUCAAACGUGAUACCUUUCCCCAAAAGUGUAAGUACUUUGUCUACUCAUUAGUGGAUGUGAUAAAUAGGUAAGACUAUUUGGAGAAACCCAAUGGCAACAAAGAGUCCAGUGUAAGAAAUGUCCACUGGCCUCACUGACUUUGCCUGUGUUUGCUCAUUCCCGGGGACCCUGUAGGUGUGGAUGCCGAUGUUCUCAUGCGUGUACCCUUACGGGUGAACGUGUGUGUGCCUCUGUCCAGGCAAGCAAGGCGGCAUGCCAGGACCUCGAUCCUGAGCACUCCCUCCUCUCUGCCUUUCCCAUCUAAGUAUUUCCACCCAGCGUCCUCCUGUCUGUCAAGACCCCACCUUCAGUAACAGUAGCAUGAUGUCAAGUAAAUAGAAUACCAUACAGCAACGUGACAGUUUUUGACCAAAUCAUGGUGAUUGUGACUCACGGAAGACCCACAAAAGACAUUUAUGUGGAUUAAAGUGGCCACCACACCUGGCGCCCCUGUUCAAGACAAUCCCUUCCUUGUCAUACUCUGAGAUCUUUCUGUGUGUGUGUGUUGAACCAAAGUCGUUUUCCUUGUGCUAAGGAAUUAGUGCAGUUAGAAUAGAUUUUUCUCUGUCAGAUGCUUCUGUAUCUUUUCCCACAGCAUAUUGUCUGACAUCAUGGGGAGCUAUUAUUUAAAUUAAAGAUUAUUUGUGCCAUG